CCGCGGCAGCUGGCAAAGGUAGGUGGGGCUUCCUGGCCGGAGGGUUUAAAGGGUGCCUCGGACCGGGCCGCGCAGCUGGAGCGACCAAGCGGUGCCAGGCCAGGUGUGCGCGUCCGUCGGUCCUUCCGUGCCCCCGCCGGAGACCAGCCCCGGAGGCCGCCCGGGCCCGUCCCUGUGCCCGGCACCAUGAAGCAAGAGUCUGCAGCCCAGAACACCCCGCCAGCCUCACCGUCCCCCUCGCCGCACCCCCAGGACGACAGCGACCCCCAAGCGUUGUGGAUUUUCGGGUACGGCUCCCUGGUGUGGAGGCCCGACUUCGCCUACAGCGACAGCCGGGUGGGCUUCGUGCGCGGCUACAGCCGCCGCUUCUGGCAGGGAGACACCUUCCAUCGGGGCAGUGACAAGAUGCCUGGUCGUGUGGUAACCCUCCUUGAAGAUUGUGAGGGCUGCACUUGGGGCGUGGUGUACCAGGUGCGUGGAGAGCAGGUGAAUGAGGCCCUGAAGUACCUGAAUGUGCGGGAGGCAGUGCUCGGUGGCUAUGACACCAAGGAGGUCACCUUCUACCCUCAAGAUAGCCCUGACCAACCACUCAAGGCACUGGCCUACGUGGCCACCCCGCAGAACCCUGGUUACCUGGGCCCUGCGCCCGAGAAGGCCAUCGCUACACAGAUCCUGGCCUGCCGAGGCUUCUCUGGCCACAACCUUGAGUACUUGCUACGCCUGGCGGACUUCAUGCAGCUCUGUGGGCCCCAGGCACAGGACGAGCACCUGGCAGCCAUCGUGGAUGCUGUAGGAACCAUGCUGCCCUGCUUCUGCCCCACUGAGCAGGCUUUGGCACUGGUCUGAGGGGCUGAGCCCCUGCAGGGAGUGCCUACGUGGAUGCUGAGGCCAGGUCCCCACUCCAGUGCACACAGACAGACUUGACACAGCUGGGGCCCUCUGAGAGACCUUGGUGGUUGGCUGGGAGCCUCUCUUAAGCCCCUGCCUGUCUGCCCCAGCCCCCAGCUCUCUUGCUUGACACUGACUACUUGAAACUUUAUUUAUUGCACCAUGUUGGUGUGGUGGGCAGGGUGGGGGGCCUGCCCUGGACACAGGGGCCCUGCUGAGCGGUGCCCUAUCCCAGGCACCUGGUGCCUGACCAGAUUCCCCCCAGUGCUGCUGCUAACCCCAUACUACCCAGGCCUCUACCUCCCCAGGGAGCCUCCAAGAGCCUUGACCUCUGCCCCCCAGCCCAGACCAACCAUUUCAUAGCCCCAGAAAUACCACUUGCCAAAGGUCCCAGUCUGCUGUUGAGGGUGUGGGAGGGAGUGAGGAGAGGCAGCCCUACAAGAACUGAGGCUCCUGCCAGUCCUGCUCAUCCUCCAGGUGCCCAGGGCAGAGCUGGAUUUGGAGCCCAGACACAGCUGCUGAGGCUGUAUCUGGUCCUCUUACCCAUUUGGCUUUGUUUCCCUGUCCCUCUUUCUGUCUGGACCACUCCUGUCUGUCAGUCUAUUCCUGGGAAGCUCAUUGCUAAAGGCUCUGGAACCUUCCCAGUCUGUCCCAUACCUUUAUCCAUAAACUGAUCUCAUUAUCUAUG